GUCCGUGCCCGGCUCUCUUCGUCAAGUAUCCUCGAAGAAUCAACUAGCAAAAAAAAGUAUCCUCGAAGAAUCCGUCUCGCUUUUCGUUGCGGCAUUUCAUCGAACAUAUCACGUACGUAAGUGUUGUCAAACAGAAAGCCUAAGAACACCGCUCUCCAGUCCUGAAAAUGCAAAGCAUUAGAAAUGCCAUCUUGUGGCAUGUCAGGGCAAGGAGACCGGCUGAAACAUUGCUCAGUGCAAAUGGGAAUGAUAUGCUCAAACGGCUAAGCAAUCAGAUCAUGUGUGCAUCCACAGGUGCCACUGAUCAAGUAAUGGAUCGAGUGAUUGAGCUCGUUAAGAAAUUCGAUAAGGUCGAUGCUGCUAAGGUUACUGAAACAGCUGAUUUCCAAAAAGACUUGAGCCUGGAUAGCUUAGACAGGGUUGAGCUUGUGAUGGUCUUUGAAGAGGAAUUCUCUGUUGAAAUCCCCGAUGACAAGGGAGACAAGCUGAGUUGCUGCGCCGACGUCGCCAAAUACAUUGUUUCCGGGACUGAGCAGAAAUCUUAAGUCCCUAUUAUCACUUUCUGCGUUGACAAUAUUCGUCAGUGUUUUUCAAGAGAUCUUACCAUAUAUUCUUGUUGAGUACUGUAAACAUUUCAUUGUUUGAAAAAACUUCAUUGUAUUUCUCAUAUUGAGUACAACAUGCAUCAAUAACA